GAACCUUCUGGUUGGUACAUCCUAUGCUAUUAACUUUUAACAACCGGUUUUCAACUCUUGGGUAAACAAUCCAUUAACACCACUUAAAGGGAAGAUCUAAAACUGGGUUUUCAGCUGAAUUAGCUUCUUGGGUCGCCAAUGUCUACACCUGCUGAAUUUUAUAACUCACUUCCACCAAUAUGCAAGGCUUAUGGGACAUUGUGCCUUGCAGUCACUACAGCUUGUCAGCUCAGAUUAUUGAAUCCUAAUUAUCUUGGAUUAGACUAUGAGCUAGUCUUUUUACGUCUUCAGGUGUGGAGGCUGUUUACAAAUUUCUUUUUCAUUGGUUUUUUCUCAAUCAAUUUUGGGAUCCGCCUUCUGAUGAUAGCGAGAUAUGGAGUUAACCUAGAGAAGGGACCGUUCGACAGACGUACAGCAGACUUUUUGUGGAUGAUGAUAUUUGGAGCCUUGUCAUUGCUGGUGUUGUCAGCCAUCCCCAUAUUUCAGACUGGCUAUUUGGGGAUAUCCCUUGUUUUUAUGCUUAUCUAUGUCUGGAGUAGAGAAUUUCCGAAUGCCCAAAUUAAUAUAUAUGGCCUCGUGACGCUUAAGGCAUUUUAUCUACCAUGGGCAAUGCUGGCUUUGGAUGUUGUUUUUGGUUCACCUCUGAUGUCAGACCUGCUGGGAAUCAUCGCAGGACAUCUAUAUUACUUUUUGACAGUGUUGCAUCCACUUUCAACUGGAAAGAACUUAUUGAAGACUCCGAAAUGGGUACAUAAACUUGUUGCAAGGUGGAGAAUUGGAGCCCCAUCCGUCAACCGUGGUCAGUCUACUGCCCCGCCUGAAAGGGCAACUGGUGCGGCUUUCAGUGGAAGAUCGUACAGACUUAAUGGAUAAUCACAAUGGUUGUUACUUUCAGUAAUCGCAUACUGAACCAGAAUAUUGACAUGUUAUUGCAACUUCCUCACCAUUUUUUUUUUAAAUGAUCCCACUAACAGAGGGAGUUUAUUUUCGACAGAACAAGAGCAGACAAUCAAUAGCACUUGUGAUAAGUUUUUGUUUUGUGUUUUCAUUUAACGUUUCUGAUUGUGUUUUCCCAAGAGUUCCUUUGUAGAAAAAACUAGCAAAAACACCAUUGAUUGAUGCAAAUGGAACUGUUUACAGAUGUA